AGUGUAGUGUUGGAGGUGAGAGGGAAGGGUUGUGCGCCUCGUCCUGCCACGACCAUAACUACUACUACUACUAUUACUACUACUACUACUAUUACUACUACUACUACUACUUGUAUAUCUUGACGUUUCUUAAUUAUAUAGUUUUUAGAUUACUACUACUACUACCACUACUACUACUACUACUACUACUACUACUACUACUACUACUACUACUACUACUACUACUACUACUACUACUACUACUUAUAUGGUUAAAAAAAGUGCACUGGGAUUAGACAAGUGAAAUUCAUGGACGGACGGUGGAAGAAGGCGCGAUGGAGGUGGAGGACGCCCGCGGUGAUGGUGGCGGUCAGUCUUUGGGCGUGGGUGGGCGUGCUGGGAGAGACUCGCGCCCGCCUGGUGGACAACGGAUACGAGGGUGUUGUUGUGGGCGUGUCUCAAGCUGUGGAGGAUGAACACGGGGCAGAACUGGUGGAGGCACUGAAGCACACUCUGACGGAAGCAUCACGUAGACUGUUCGUGGCCACAGACAGACGUGCUUACUUCCGCACCGUGACCAUAGUAGUGCCUCGGGAAUGGACCAAAGUAAAUCUCACACACCACGAAGGCAGUGAGAACUUCGAGGACAGUGACAUCAAGGUGGACGAGAUGAACCCUGUGUACCGCCACCAGCCCUACACUCAGCAGAACUUAGGCUGUGGUGCCCCUGGUCAGCACAUCCACUUGACGCCCACGUACCUCCUGAACGACUCCGCGGCACGAGGCUGGGGCUCUAGAGGUAAGGUGCUGCUGCAGGAGUGGGCCAAGUACCGGUGGGGAGUGUUUGAUGAGCUGGGUUAUGCCGAGGACCCUGCCUUUCCUCUCUUCUAUAUCUCCCAUCGCCGGAACCGCCCGUCACUUUGCUCUGACCGUGAAGUGACCGGCCGGCUCAUAGAUAAGUUACAUCUUAGUGCGUGUCGAAUGCUGCCCAGUGGUGAACCGGACGCAAACUGUCGUUUCAUUCCGUAUCCGCACCAGACCGCCACUUCCAGCCUCCUAUCCGACCUUGCUAUUAGGAGUAAAGAGGUGAAGCAUUUCUGCGGCACUGAGGGACGCCCGCACAACAGCGCCGCGCCCACUAAACACAAUUUCCACUGCCGCGGCCGCUCUGCCUGGGAUGUCAUCCUGAGUCACAGUGACUUCGAGGAUGGAGCCAACCCGCCCUCUGACCACUUUGAGAAUCCGACCUUCCGCGUGGUGCAGCAGGCGGACGCAACCUACGCCCUUGUGCUGGACUACUCGGGCUCCAUGAACAACCACUACAGGGUACACAAGCUGCGGCGCAUUGCUCGGCGCUGGCUGCUCUACGAGGUGGCCACGGGUAGCUACGUGUCUAUCAUCAACUUCAACAAGAACGCACGCCUGGUUCGCAGUUUGACGCGCGUGACGGACAAAGCCUCUCGAAAAUUAUUGGCUAAUUCCAUAGAAACCAAGGCAGAUGGCGGCACCAGUAUUGGAUCUGGGCUGUAUGUGGCGGCCAGGCAGGUACUCAGGGACAGCGCCAACCCAGUCAUCCUUCUCAUCACAGACGGAGAAGAGAACGAAAAUCCGCGAAUUGAUCACGUUCUUUUCGACGUGGUGAAGAGCGGCGCCCGGGUCGUCACUGUGGCGUUUGGGGAAGAGGCGGACCUGCAGUUGGAAAAGGUGGCACGGUCCACGGGCGGCAAGACUUUUACAGUGAUAGACAUAGAUGAGGGACAGAUGCUGGAGGACGCCUUUGUUGGGGCGCUCACCUUCCAGCCCCCGCAGCCAGACACGCCCAUCACGAUUUUCGAGACGGUGUACAAAGAUGGCGGCCGAGAGGCAUCAUCCACCUUCCAUGUUGACUUUACUGUGGGCAGGAACCUGACCUUGAGACUGGAGACUGGAGCCCAGGUCUCCAGUUCGUCUCCCAGACUCACGAACCCGCAGAUUACGUCAGCGCCUGUUCUGAUUGGUCCAGAUGGCACAGUGUACAGGAAUGCUCGUUUUGAUCCGGAUUCCUCUACCUGGCUUUUGGUGGUGCCCCUAGCUGAGGCCGGGCUGUGGCAGUGGAAGGUAGGGCUGUCAGGGGAGAGAAGCACCUCCGUCAGGGUAAGGAUCGUCAGCCUGCAGCGAGACCCGAGUGUGCAGCCCAUCACCACUAAAGCCUGGAUAAGUCAUGGCGCCAAGGAUGUUAAUGCUACCGUGGACAGAGUAGUGAUCUUUGCUAAAGUGAUGCAAGGAAACAGCCCCGUGGUGAAUGCUGACGUUAGGGCCUUCAUCACGCCGCCCCACGAGCAUGAACCCACCCAGGUGUACACACUGCGGGACAACGGACAGGGUGCGGACAUUACGGCGGGGGACGGGGUAUAUUCCCACUACAUGACGCACUUCACCUCCCCGGGGCGCUACAUCGUGAGGGCCCAGGUGACGGACGGGGGCACUGCCGUGAUUCACAGCGGCACCUCUCAACCAGUAAGAAGAAGAAGAAGGGAGGUGG